AUGAUAAGGUAUACAUCAAUUCGCAAUUUCUUUCACCGCAUCGCACAAGACACAGAUAAUAUUGCUACUGGGUGCCGGCCGCAUAUCCGACAAUACCAGCGUCAUUCAUGGCAGCGAACGACAUUAUUGGGUAUAACGCCCUUAUCGACGCAUAAUACCUGUGGUUUUCGUUAUUUUGCUCCACGAUAUACCUCUUCUUCGACACACGGCAAUCGCUCCGAUCCUGGGCCUUCCAGUAAAUCAUCAACAACGCCCACAUCUCAUGACCCUGAUUCUGGUCAAGACAGUCAGCCUAAUUCUCAAGAGUCCAAAGAGGCUCCGAAAGAACUCCCUGCCCCCACCAACCCUCACAUACAGAAUUACUCUUCCCUUUUCAGACAACUUGCUCUUUCGUUACCCCAUGUCAAACAGCCAACCAAACAGGACUUCUUGCAAGCGGCCACUAGUAUGUGGCAGCGUAUGCGUAUCCGGUUCAAGUGGUUCGCUAUCAAAUCAUUCCACAUUAUGGAUCUUGGUGGGAACUACUACCUUUUCUCUGUGGUAUUUGCGGUCCUCAACAGCUUGAGGUUGCAAGAGUAUGUUGCUCGGUCUAUAAGCGAUUACCUAACUUCGGAAACUGGCGUCCGUAUCGUUUUCGAAUCCGCCGUGGUACCCAAGUGGAAAGACUCUCGUAUUUCUUUUCGCAAUGUAUACAUUUCUCGGCGUCAAGAUUCUCAGACCGAAGAAGUAUUGCCUCGCGACGCUGGGCAGAGGGCGGCCGCUCGAUUGUUAGCCGGCCAUCAUCCCGCGUAUCAUGACAUUGCGUAUCACGAGGACGAAGAGACGCAUGGAGUUGCAACUGGGGGAAUGAAUGUUUCGGAUGUGGGAGACCCUGUCGACACUGGAGACGAUGGGUGGACAACAUUCGACUUGGAGAUCGAUUCCGUAGAUGUAACCUUGAGUUUUGCACGAUGGUUAGAAGGUAGAGGACUGAUCAAGAAUGCGGCAGUCAAAGGUGUACGUGGGGUUGUUGAUCGCCGAUCGGUAUCUUGGGACCCCGAGGUUCAUGCCGAUCCAACAGAGUUUCGCCAUCCUCCGCAGCUGGGAGAUUUCGAGCUCGAUUCGCUUGAAGUUGAGGAUUUAUUGGUGACACUGUAUCAGCCUGGAGCCUUUAGGCCUUUUACUGCAUCGAUAUUUCGAGCAAACUUUGGGGUAUUUCGCAAGCAGUGGUUAUUUUACGAUUUGAUGUCUGCCGAUCAUAUUGUGGGUCAAUAUGACAAUUGUUUAUUCAGCCUUCAUACACCUCAGAGCAUUGGACGUACCAUGGAGCAAGAAGUCAAGGAUAGUCGAUGGACACGUAUGUCUCGAUUCCGAAUCGAUGGUGUCAAUAUCGAUCACCUACAAGCUGCAACCGGCAACGAAGGCCUGGUUUCAUGGAUUGUAUCCGGCAAGGUCGAUGCAGUACUAGACAUCAAGUUCCCACGCGAUCCCAAUGCGUUCGACAUCGGUGAGAUUAUUGAAGGGAUUGCUGCCGCUGCAGCCGAGCAAAUCGAGGAGGCGCGUCGAGCUGGUCUGGAGCUUGGGAUUCCUCUUAUAUCCGAUCGUAUCCCCGGACAACGAGAACUUGCCAAGCCUGCUUUAAGUGCACCGGAGGAUGAAAAUGAGCUGAAGGAAGAGUACGAGAAACCCGUCGUUCUUAUCGACAUUGACCUUCGAUUCCGGGAUCUUAAGGCUGCUAUGCCGCUUUUCACGAAUGAACUUUCGUAUGUCAACCAUGCACUCGUGAGACCAAUCGUCUCGUUCAUCAACGCGAACCACACCUUGGUGCCUAUUCGUUGUAGGAUUGUAAAGGAUUUGGAUGAUUUCCAUGGAUCAUGGACGAUGUGGGAGACUGGUUUAACUGAUAUCAUUUCUCAAAAGGCGAGUGCGGACAUGUCGCGCACUGGCAAAAACUGA